CACUUCACAUCUAAACCCUAGCACCAUCAACCAAAAACCCCUGUCUACUUUGUGCUUCUCGUUAGAGGAAGAAAGUAUUAGAGGAGAGAGAUGGGAAGCGAUAAUGAAGCAGAGAAGUCGGCGCAGAAGGAGAAAGAGAAUAAGAAGUUGUUAGCUUUGGCCCCCAUUGCCAAACCCCUUGCUGGAAAAAAGCUCUCUAAGCGAACCCUCAAACUCGUCCGCCGAGCUGCCGAACACAAAUGCCUGAAGAGAGGAGUCAAAGAAGUUGUCAAAAGUAUUCGGCGUGGUAACAAAGGAUUAUGUGUCAUAGCAGGGAACAUAUCUCCUAUUGAUGUCAUCACUCAUGUUCCAGUCUUAUGUGAGGAGUCUGAAAUACCCUACAUAUACGUUUCCUCAAAAGAAGAUCUUGCAAAUGCAGGAGCCACGAAAAGGCCGACGUGCUGUGUUCUGGUGCUAACCAAGCCUACCAAGGGGGAAUUAGGCCAGGAGGAACAAGAAAAACUGAAGGCAGAUUAUACCCAAGUUGUAUCAGAUGUGUCCGAACUUGCUUCCUCUAUGUUUUGAAGGACAACAAAAACUAUGGUAUCUGUGCUUUUUUUUCUAAAUGAUGUACUUUGUUUUGGUUUGAGAUGCCAUGUGGUUAUUAUAUAACAUGCAGUUAGGUUGCUUUAUUUAUUUAUAUGUGCUUGGUAUAACAUAUCAACCCAUGCCCAGUUCUUAUGGUUCAUGUAUGUCUUUCCUACUAAAGAGCAAGUUGGUUAUCCAAUUCUCUUCCAAA